AUGUCGGACUAUCACACAGCCAACCCCUCCCUAGGUUAUACACACUUCAAACGGUCACCAAGCAUCAGGAGUGAAGAAGCUCUCGAUCUUCGUGGCCCUUUGGAGGUCACCGGAAAUGUCGAAUCCGGACGUGGUAUCAACCUAGAAGGAGAAAUAAUCAUUAGCGGUAGUCUUGACGCGUAUGGUCCGCUCACCAUGAAUGGUAGCAUCAGCUGCGAGGGCGAGAUUAGAGCUUACGGUAACAUCGUGGUCAACGGUGUAUUAGUGGCGAGUAACAAGAUCAAAGGCUUUGGCUCAUUAAAGGUUUCUGGGACACUGGAAGGCAACCAUCUCGAAAUCUAUGGAAAUCUCUCCAUAAAAGGCUAUUUGAAAUGCAAGAGCCUUGUGGUCUAUGGAUCAUUGUCAUUGAUUGGGCCUACGUCGACGUAUAUAGCAGAGGAAUCGGAAGAGGUAGCAGGCCCGAAAGUGGUUAGAGAGCAGGAACCUGAUUGGGAUUUCUAG